AACAUAACACAGCAAUAUGUCUAUGAGGAGUACAUCGUCCAAGACGUCAGCAUCCUCGCGAGCAGACACUCUCCAAUCUAUGAAAAGCACAUCAACAGAGGCGUCAUUAGCGGGUCCUCUUUCAGCUCACUCGGCAGCAACAAAAGGGCGAGCAACUGCGAUCCGUGGGCCCUGGGCCAACGAGCCAUUCUCACUCCUCGAAAGCCCAUCAAAAAAACAUGAUGUAGGCCACUAUGAAGAGCACUACCGCGUACAAUUGUGAGGAUAUUUCGAGACUCACCUAGCAUAGAUCAGACAUCCAGCGAUUUACGUCGCCGAUGAAAUGACCAGCCAGCACAAUGCAGCACUUCGCGGUCUCAAUGCUGUGUACCUACAGGCACCAUAUAUCAAUGCUCCACAAGAUAUCACAGAUCUCCUCUUUCUGGUGCAGUGCUGGGGUUUAUGGGUGCAAUUCUAUCACGAUCUGCGACGAACCCGUAUAUUCCCAAAAUUCGAAGAAGCCUUGCAACAGCCAGGGUGCAUUCUUUCCCAGUUGAGGAAAGACAUGCACUUUGUACCGUUGUUGAAGCGACUCCUCCAAUGGGUACAAGUAGUGCACCCACAGCCCGAGUUAUACGAUCAUACGGUGCUUCAGGAGCUCAUCAUGGAUCUCGGAACUAUCUUUCGACCACAUUUGGCGCAUCUGAUAUCCAUCUUGACAGGAUUACCUCGCGUGUGUGGUCAAUUAGGGUCGUUGGAGGCAGAAGCGAAAGCUGCGCAGCUCUCACAACUUUAUCGCGCCUACCAAAAAGAGGCCGACAUUGCAAUGGACCCAAACAUAGUGCCGCCGAUGACGGUGCGAAUGCGCGACACCACCUACGGGGGCGGCAACAACUGGCCUGGCCUGUCCCUCGUAGCCGUGCAUACAAUCGACGAAAGGCUGUCUAGGGCUCACUCGGGGGCAUGGAGAUUUCUUCCAUGCGACGUCUGGGGUAAACCGAAAGAGCUACUUUUCCGGGGUCAACUCUUUAGCAAAGCAACACAGACGGCAGCUAUACCACCUAAAUUACCACUCAAGUCUCCAGCACGGAGGAAGGAAAAACCGGUACCGGCAGACAUCAGCGAAGAUCAAUAGUGUGAUACGUGGACAAUGAAGACCUUGGAGCUCAUGGCUCGCAGCUGUGGUGCUGGGAGUCGGGGCCGUCGGGUUUCUUUUCGCGUAGCUAUCCCCGCUUCUGCGAAGGAUGGACAAUCGCGCCGAGAAAGCAAAAGCUUUUU